AUGAUGCCAAAUCCUCAUGCCGUCUACGGCCACCACCAGUACCCCCAGGCCGAGUCAGCCUGGAACUAUCCCCAGACGACGCAUACCCACCAUGCCCAAGCUGCCGCUGCGGCUGCUACCGUCGCCCAGCAGCAGCAUUACAAUCGUCUCGCUGGCGCCCACAACAGCGUUGGCGCCUUGGCCCAGACUCAUGGCCCGGACCCCUCGCUGGACGUUUCCGAUGAGAACAGGCGGACCCUGCAGUACAUCGCCGACCUCUUGAACGAGAACACUCGCGAAGCUGCUCUAUUGGAGCUGAGCAAGAAGCGCGAGCAGGUUCCCGAGCUGGCUUUGAUCUUGUGGCACUCGUUCGGGGUCAUGACGUCGCUGCUCCAAGAGAUCAUCAGCGUCUACUCGCUGUUGAGCCCCUCGCAGUUGACCGCCGCUGCUUCUAACCGCGUCUGCAAUGCCUUGGCUCUCUUGCAGUGCGUCGCGUCGCACAACGAGACCAGGACCCUGUUCCUCAAUGCCCACAUCCCUCUGUUCCUCUAUCCCUUCCUCAACACGACUUCUAAGUCAAGGCCGUUCGAGUACCUGCGCUUGACUUCUCUUGGUGUCAUUGGUGCGCUCGUGAAGAAUGACUCGUCGGAGGUGAUUAACUUUCUCCUGACAACCGAGAUCAUUCCGCUUUGCUUGCGCAUUAUGGAGACUGGCUCUGAGCUGAGCAAGACUGUCGCCAUUUUCAUCGUACAGAAGAUUCUCCUCGAUGACAAUGGCCUGAACUACAUCUGCGCCACCUACGAGCGCUUUUAUGCUGUCGGCACGGUCCUGAGCAACAUGGUGGCCCAGCUCGUUGAACAGCAGACUGCUCGUCUACUCAAGCACGUGGUGCGCUGCUUCCUGAGGCUCAGUGACAAUGCUCGUGCUCGCGAGGCCUUGCGCCAGUGUCUGCCUGAGCCACUCCGUGACCACACUUUUUCCAACGUCCUCCGCGACGAUGCAGCCACCAAGCGCUGCCUGGCACAGCUCCUUAUCAACCUGUCUGACAACGGCAAUAUGAUGGAGCCCGCUCCCGGUCAGCUUGGACUGUAG